GAAAGAAAGGAGAUGAGCCAUUGCAAAACAUUGUUCUUAUCUGUGUUUUUUUGAAGGAGACUGUUGGUUGCUGACUCAGAUUCAGAAGCACAGAGAAAACGUAGCUGCUUUGAUUGCAGAGGAACAAAAAUCCAUAAAGAUUCUCACUUCUGGUCGUUUGGAAAAUAUUUUCAAUCCCUGCAGAAUUCAGAGUUCAUUUCCAGAUACGGAAAUUGAAUUGAGUUGUGAUUUGGGUUCAAUUUAGAUCAAAGCUGAAGUAGAUCUUAUCUGGGUGGGUCUUGUUCUCAGUCAGAUGAAUCUUGAAGCAACCCAAGUGUUACAUAGUGUUUGAAUUUGCAAGGAUUCAGAUUAGCAGACAAGAAAGGAAACAAGAAGUUAUUGGCACUGUUCAGAAUCUGGAAAAAAAAAAAAACUAUGAGUAGCCUUUUGUACAAAUACAAUCCUAAUUUUAAGUGUUCAGAGGCAGAGCUGAGGAAGAAUCACACAGAGUUCAUGGAUUCAAAUAUUUUCCAGCCACAGCAGCCACAGCAGCUACAUCAGCAGCUGCAGCAGCCGCCGCAGCAGAGCUCUGGCCUAAUGCGGUAUCGGUCUGCUCCGAGCUCAUUUCUAACGGAUUUGGUAGAUAACAAUGGUGGUGUUGUGUGUGAUGAUUCGCGGUAUCUCCGACCUUCAAGCCCCGAAGUGGAAACGGUGUUAGCCAGGUUCAUUUCUUCAUGUAAUGAACCAGAUCAUCAUGACAAUGGUGCCAAUAGUCUGCCGCAUCAGUUUGAAGAGAGGGUUGUGAAGCAGGAAGCAGGGGACUCUGUUUCUAAACAGAAUGGCUACUCAAAUUCUUCUCAUAUGAUGUACCAAGCUGAACAAGUUCAUGCUUUGGAUAAUAACUCCUUUGCUGCUAUCAACUCUACGGGGUUGGAGAAUUCGAUGCAGUCAAAAAUUGGUGUCGGAAAUCGCUCUAAUCUUGUGAGACAAAGUAGCUCUCCAGCUGGAUUCUUUCCUGACUUAACCGUUGACAAUGGCUUUAAUGUGAUGAAAGAUGCUGCAAGUUUUAGAGCAGGCAAUGGUAUAAAUGGAGAAGCUAGUCCAUCAUCAACUUCUAGGUUGAAUAAUCAACUGAACUUCUCAUCUGGGCCAUCUUCAUACUCAAGACGUAUGCCUCGGAUUGCUGAAAUGGGGAAUGGAAACAUGGGAGAUGGUAGCCAACAGGAUCAAGGUUUGGGAAAUGCUAGCAAUUCACAUUGCAUUUCUAACUUCCCAAGUGAUUCUUGGGACAUUUCUUCAUUUAAUGACCUCAAAAGAGGCAGAAACAAUGAUGGGAACAAGUUUUCUAAUUCAACUGCAUUGGAAACUCAGAACAAUGAUUUUGGAAACCGCAAUCACAGCCUGACGCAUCAUUUGAGCUUGCCGAAACGUUUUGAGAUGCCUGCUAUGGAGAAGUUUUUGCAAUUUGAAGAUUCGAUUCCAUGUAAAAUUCGUGCCAAAAGAGGUUUCGCCACUCACCCGCGAAGCAUUGCAGAGAGGAUGAGAAGGACACGGAUUAGCGAAAGAAUGAAGAAAUUGCAGGAUCUUUUCCCAAACAUGGACAAGCAAAUAAACACAGCAGAAAUGUUGGACUUGGCGGUUGAGUUCAUUAAAGACCUUCAGAAACAGGUUAAGACACUCGGGGAGACAAAGGCGAAGUGCAGUUGUUCAAGUAAACAGAAAUAAAUUGAUUCAAAUCCUUCUGCCUCAUAUAUUCAUGUAAAGCUUGUAGUAUAGGAAGAUGGAAAGUAAAAGAAACCAAUUUCUUUUUGUUUUUUCUCCUUUGUAUUUCACCGAAGAGAUAAUAGUAGGAUGGUAGCAUUUACUGUGGGUGCAUGGGAAUUUUAAUCUAUUUCAUGUUAGCUUUUAGAUCCA